UCUGCCGUCUGGUGCGCACGUUGGACCGCAGACCCCUCUCUCUCUCUCUCUCAUCCCUCAUCUCUCUCAUCUCUCAUCUCUCUCUCACACACCAGAGCGUCGCUUCCACCACCCACCAUCCUCGUCGGUGUCUAGGAAGUGGUUCGUCUAAUCAGAGUAAUUCCUGAGGUCAGGGAGCUUAAAACGAUCAACGAACUUGUGUAGUGUGUCUCGUUAUCCACUCGUUUUGUGUGACCUUUGUCGUGGCGCUUCUCUUUAGCAUCUUCAGCCAACUCGUCCAGUGAAGCUCCGUCGUCAGUCGUCCAGAAAAAGUGGCCAUUAUUAACGACGACUUAACCAGACGGUGCAACAUUUGUGCUCGAGAUUACUCAGUAAGAUGGGAUGCUUACAAUAACUUGAUUAUAUUUGAAAUAGGUGAAUCACUAGUGGAUCCUGAUGUUAAAAACGAUUACAAUCUUGUUUUGUCAGCAAAUUAGUAAACUAACAAAGUGUAAUACCAAUUGGGAAAGAUACCGGAAGAUCGAAGCUUGUGUGUAGCAACUCUAAAGAUCGCUUUUCUCUCAAGGACAAAUGUAAGAAGCCAGAUCUGUCAAUAAAGAAAAGCAGACAUACUGACGCUGUCUCAAGUGACAGAUAUCUUAGCAACACGUAGAAGACUUUCCCAGGAUCCUUCCCCCCGUCGUGAUCCAAGCAAGAACAGAAGUAAGAACAAGAGCCUGGAGAAAGAACUUGAAGAGUGUAAACGAGAUCAAGAACUGGAGGAAGGUUAAAAACCAAGAACAAGACAAAAUUAAGAAUUUCUCUCCCUUAACAUAUCUUGCCAUCAGCCACCAUUCGCCCAGCGCUUGUUGUCAAUCAUCUCACGAAGAGUCAGUAAUCUUUCGAACGGCGUUCAUCAGACUCCUUGGGUGCUUUAGCUAUUUACAACCUUAUAACGAGCGUCAGCCGAGGAGUAAAUGACUGCAAUUUGGUACUUUCUCACAUGCAACUGAAGUGACGUCUCAAGCUUGACACUUCCUCAAACAGCCGUAGUGCCGUCUCAAGUCUGGCACUUCCUCAAGCAACAGGAGUGCCAACUUGACACUUCCUUAAGGCUGGAAAUUACUUGGUGUAUGGAUAGGGAAGAUAGAAGCAGGAUGCACGCAAGUGCCAUCCUUCAGUGCCUCUUAGUCAUCCUCAUCCUCAGUGCCACAGCAGAUGCCAUAAGAG